GUGGCAACUGACAGCACCUCCCAGCCUUGCGGGCCGGCUGCCUACUCCCCGCAGCCAGUCGUUGCUGGAUUCUGCAGCACAAGUCUUCAUGAACAAGCAGCACCGCUUAGAGAUUUCCCGGCAUUCAAAGGUCACAGAACUGCCACUAUGGUUAAAUGUCUUGUUUAAUGGUUGAGAGGUGUGGCGAAAUCUUGUUUGAUAACCCUGAUCAGAAUGUCACAUGUGUUUGCAUGCUAGGAGAUGUACGACUAAGGGGUCAGACGGGGGUUCCUGCUGAACGCCGUGGUUCCUACCCAUUCAUUGACUUCCGUCUUCUUAACAAUACAACACACUCAGGAGAAAUUGGCACCAAGAAAAAGGUGAAAAGACUAUUAAGCUUUCAAAGAUACUUCCAUGCCUCAAGACUCCUCCGUGGAAUUGUCCCACAAGCACCUCUCCACUUGCUGGAUGAGGACUACCUUGGACAAGCAAGGCAUAUGCUCUCCAAAGUGGGAAUGUGGGAUUUUGACAUUUUCUUGUUUGAUCGCUUGACAAAUGGUAACAGCCUGGUCACACUGCUUUGUCAUCUCUUUAAUACCCAUGGACUCAUUCACCAUUUCAAGUUAGAUAUGGUGACCUUGCACAGGUUUUUGGUCAUGGUUCAAGAAGAUUACCACAGCCAAAACCCGUAUCAUAAUGCUGUUCAUGCUGCCGAUGUCACCCAGGCCAUGCACUGCUACCUGAAGGAGCCAAAGCUUGCCAGCUUCCUCACACCUUUGGACAUCAUGCUGGGACUGUUGGCUGCAGCAGCACAUGAUGUUGACCACCCAGGGGUGAACCAGCCAUUUUUGAUCAAAACUAACCACCACCUGGCCAGCCUCUAUCAGAAUGUGUCUGUGCUGGAGAAUCAUCACUGGCGAUCUACAAUUGGCAUGCUUCGAGAAUCAAGACUUCUGGCUCAUUUGCCAAAGGAAAUGACACAGGAUAUUGAACAACAGCUGGGCUCCUUGAUCUUGGCAACAGACAUCAACAGGCAAAAUGAAUUUUUGACAAGAUUGAAAGCUCAUCUCCACAAUAAAGAUUUAAGACUGGAGGCUGUACAUGACAGGCACUUCAUGCUUCAGAUUGCCCUGAAGUGUGCUGACAUUUGCAAUCCCUGUAGAAUCUGGGAGAUGAGCAAGCAAUGGAGCGAAAGAGUCUGCGAAGAAUUCUACAGGCAAGGUGACCUUGAACAGAAAUUUGAACUGGAAAUCAGUCCUCUUUGUAAUCAACAGAAAGAUUCAAUUCCUAGUAUACAAAUUGGUUUCAUGACUUACAUUGUGGAGCCGCUCUUCCGGGAAUGGGCCCGUUUCACCGGAAACAGCCCCCUGUCUGAGAGUAUGUUGAACCAUCUUGUGCACAACAAAGCCCAGUGGAAGAGCUUGAUGGCCACGCAGCACAGAAGCAGCGGCAGUGACGGUAGCAGUGGCAGCCCAGACCCCACAGGACCAGGGACUGAGAAGCAGGAGCAGAUUGUGAGCGAAGGCGAUGCUCCCUAGUGCGCGCCAAGUCUGCACCCCGUUCUGCAUGCAGAGAGAACAAGAACCACCUUCAGCAACCCCCUUCCCCAGGGGAUAGAAGCUCUGAGGGGGAUCCCGCGGAGAAACCCGGACAACUCUCUGGGUCUCGACCUGGGGCUCUUUGGAAUGAAACCCUCCUUCUACCUGCCUCCCCUCCUUUUUCCAAGUGUACAGAAGCCAUUUGUCACCUCAGCAUUAGCUGCCGAAAUGAGCAACUCCAUUCAGAAAUUUGGGAGCCAAUUCUAGGGGCAGGCUUGCCCCCCCAGGAGAAGACUGGGGAGAAAGAAAAGAGGUACUUCUGCCUGUCCCCCCACGGGUCCUGGGUCACACUGUGACAAGCAGCAGUUCCUAAAUCCAGAGCAUGUUAGUGAUUGCCCCUGUGUCCGCUGAUCUGCAUGACAGAAAACACCAGCAUAUUUGGACCUCCAGGGAUAUGGGUCUUCAUAUAAAGGCAUAAAAGAGAGCAUGGGAGAAAGAACCUUCUACUUUAAUAAUAAUUAUUAUUAUAAAAUAAUAAUAAAUCUUUUUAGCAUUUCUAUUUUAUGCUCUAGACAUUGAGUCUAAAAUUUUGGACUAAGAUGAUUCACUGUACCCAAACUUGAACAAGGGGUUCAUUGUUUUGUUCACUGACUAUGCCACUUUGGGUCAGAGAUCUGAUAUCUCCUCAAUUUAAGAAACCACGUUUCCGAGACGAUCCAAGGGGAAGGUGCUGUACAGUUCAUUCCUCCACACCAUUGGCCAAUCUGUCUUUUAUCUAUAUCAGAUUCAGUGACCUGUUUAUAUUCACACAUGUACAUUUUCUGUAAAUACCAAGCGCUACUGAUUCCCAUGCCAAAAUACGUGAGUAUUAUGGGAUUGCUACCUGUAUAAACAAUGGCACUGUGAACAGAAUACUGUUAGAUUUACUACAAGAGAACGCAUUUGUAAAUAUGGUAUAGAGUUUAUUAAUAUACUAUGGUUUGCAGAUAAAGGCCUUAACUCUAGACAUCUUUCACCUUCUGAAAGCUGCCCACCUUUAAUCCUCACAGACAUCCUCCUGAGCUGCCUUCCCACGUUCAUCUUUAUGCUUUCUGACUAAGGUCACAAACAAAAACUGAAAAAAGUUUUUGAGGAAAUCGUUUGGAGACUUCACGUGCAUUCCACUGGAGACCGUAGUUUUUCAUCUAUGGCACCAAGCAUCGUUUCCUCAGAUUAAUGAGACCCUUCAGCAAGCCUGAAGUCACUUUUCAACGCAGAAAUGUUGCACAUUCUGUUUUAGUGAACCAACUGAUAAACUUGUGAUUACGGGACUCUUGUCAUAAGCAUGGCAGUGUGUCAACCUCACCAGAGACAUGGCAGGUCUCAAAGACCUUCUAUUAGCCCUGUCAUCUGUCAGGGUAGUCCCUGUUCCCCUCCUACACUUUUGUCUGUUAUUGCUACAGUACCAAAGCACCAAAGGUUGGUGUGCAUUCCUUUGGUGUUACUAGUAGCUGGAUUUUUCUUUUUCCUUUAUUUCUUGUGAACAAAUAUCCAACAGCUUAGCUGGUUAACAUUAUUUAAAUAAAGAAAAUAUUUCAGUUAUCUGACAGAAUUUAUCUUCCUGGCAGGUCAUGGGAAUAAUUAUGCUUCUUGCUGGCUAUCAACUUCAGAAUUUGGUUGUCGCUUUUGUUUUUCUUUACUUCUGCAGACACUUGGCAGUAAUACCAGUUUUUUACAGCAUUCUUCUCUAGGAGACUAAAUUUUGCAUUGUACUUUUCCUUUUAAAAUUCUAGCAAAACAAAACUUAGGUGAAAAUUGGUGAUACCUUGUGCUUUUUACCUUAAAUACUAUUGCAGUGGGAGAAUGAUAAUAUAAUGUUGUCUGCUACCAUCAAGCUUUUUCACAAACUGAUAAAAUGACAAACUCCUGUUUCCUAAGGGCAACUUUUUUUUUCCUGCUAAUGUGCAAAUGAAACACUCGAAACUUGACUGGAUUAUAACAAGUUCCUGUAAUAAGAGAGACUGAGACUUGUAGUGUUAAGGUUUAGGGAAAUUUUUGGAAAGUUUUUAUAUUUAUGUAAGUAGGAGAGAUUUUCAGAUGGUGCUGAAGAAAGUGUGAAAACCUAAUGAAAUGGGUGGAAGAUAAGUUGAAAUUGUGAUAUGGGUAAGAGGCAAGUUGUGAAAACUUAACACUUUUUUUCUGUGUAACUAUGAAUGGACACAAGUUUCUAUAUUGUUUCAAUAAUUCAGAACUGUCAUCUUGGUAAGGCCCCCAAAAAAGAGUAUGUUCAGUAUAUUCCUGCCUUCAAAUUGUUGUGAUUUGUUUUGGUGAUGUAGGGAGGCUUUGUGAUCUUGGGAGAUCUAUUUUUAAUCUACAUGAAAUCAAAUCAAGCAAAAAAAUUAUUGGGAUAUAUGAGUGAUAUUUGGAACCAUACAGUAGAGAUUAGGGGGAAAAACACUAUUUUAGCUAAGGGGGUUUCUAACUUGAGUUUAUGAAAUAGACUUUGUUUAUAUAAACUAUAUUUCUGUCAUAAUAUUAAUAAAUAAGACUGAGAGCAUUGUAAUAAGUCCAACUUUAAAAAAAUAAACAUGUGUUUAUGUGACAAUUAGGUCUUUAAAAAAUAGCUCUUAGAGAAAAUCAUCAAUCAACCUAUGAAGAAGCUAUUAGUACAGAGAAAAAGUAAGAUAAAAUGAGACAUGAGGCAUUUAUCUUUUUAAGCAUCUGGGAACUUUUUUUAGUUCCUCAGAUUUUUUUUUUUUUGGCAAAAAAGGAGAGAAUGUGAAGUUUUUUUUUCCUCUUUUUUUCAACUAGUAGCUCUCUUACAAUAUUUCAGCAGAAGGAGUCUAGUUGCUAUUGAGUCUUGGAUAAUCCAUAGAUUUUUAUCUUUGUUACACUCAUCUCCUAGUCUUUGGGUCAUCAAUAGUUGAUGUACCAAAUUUAAUUCUUAUAUUGCUAGAGAAGAUCAGAAACAAGGAGGCUGUUUUUAGUAAGCAACAGAUCAAAUUCAGAGA